AAAGAAAAGUGCGCUGCUGCUGGGGAAUCAAAUCUGAAACGAAACAAACACAAGAUGGUGGUGGUGGUUCCGAGAUCUUCAGAUUGCUGCCAUUAAUCCAAACUUCCCCAAAAUCGAAGAACCAAUUAAUAAGAUCAAGAUUAAAGAAUGCCCUCUUCACUAACAUCACUGAUUCUCUCCACAAACAAUCUCGUACUCCACACAGCGUUCGCAAUCUCCCUCACACUCUUCUUCUCCUUCUUCAAGAUCCCAUCUCUCUUCCUCCACGCCCUCCACACUUACAUCCACCCCGAUGACGUCAACCCCGCCGCCAGCUCAUCCCCCGGCGGAAUCCGCGCCGCUAUCCGGCGCCCCGGCGCCGUCGAUUCCGACCAGCCCAAGCCCAGAAAGAAAUCCAAAGACAAAUUCGAGUUCGACGAGAAUAAAGCCCAGAUCUUCAGGCUCAAACUCAGCGAAGGUCACCUCCAAUCCAGGAUUUAUUUCAACGAGUUUUACAGUGCUUUCAAUUUCACUCUCAUCGCUUUCUCAUCGCUAAUUCUCCAUACAUUCUUGAGUGUUGAUACGGAUUUUGGAUUGGUGAAGAACGGGACUGUGAUUCCCCUUUUAUUGGGAUCGGUGGGUGUUUUUAGGUUGCUGAUUUUUAUAAUUAGGGUUGGGUUUGAGAAAUCUGCUUCCAAGAGGUUGGAGAAGCAAUUGAGCUGUGUUUUGGGGGUUUUAGGGUUUCUAUUAGGUCUAAUUAUCGUUUUCGAGGUUAUUCCGAGAUGGGUUCUUGAUUUCGGGUUCGAAUCGUUCGAUGGGUUAGGGAAAUUUCUUCUUGCUGUUUUAAUGGGCUGCAUUGUGGGUUGUCUUUAUAUGCCAUCAUUACGUAAUGCACGAGCCUUUUGGCUCGGAACCGAUCAAAUCCGUUGCAAUUUAUCCAUAAUUUCGUGCGGGUGGUUCUCUCGAUCUCUCCUCUACGCUAAUUACACGAUUGCCCUCUUCACUUCAUUGCUCUGGAUCAGCCCGUUUGCAGAGUUUCUUGUCAACAAGAACGUCGCCGGUGCUAAACGUGGGCCCCACAUGGCUAAUGAAUUGUUUGGCUAUGUCGGUAUGUCAAGAUCGAAUUUUUACUGCUCGAGGCGGUGGCUCUUGCUCAUUACAGGGCUCCUCCAAUUCGUGACUGUUCGAUCGAAUGUACAGAUGUUCUUGAACGAAGCUGUUUUGUGUUGGUACCAGAGAUUGCACGCGAGUAAAGUACCUGAAUUGGAUUAUAGCCGAGCGAAAGUUUUUCUCCACAAUCACUACUUAUGUUUAGUGGUUGUGCAGUUCUUUGCGCCUUCGAUGCUGGUACUCCUUCUCUUCGGCUUCACGCAGUUCGAUGAUAAUUUUCUUAAAGGAAUUCCGGGUUUAGAGAAUUAUUCAACUUACUCGAAUUUGGCGAAAGAAGUGGCCUUGUUCAUAGCUUGGUGGAUUGUCUUUGUUUGGACUGUACUCAGUUCGGGAAUUCUUGUUUUGUAUCGACGCGGAAGUUUAUAUGUUUCGUGACGAAAUAGCAUUUGUUAUUUUCGUAAACACAGUAGUAACCCCGUGAUGACAUGGAUUUUGAUUUUCUUGAGGUUUGAGCUGAUUAAGUAGUUAGUGUGUGAUUCUGUAAAAGCAUCGUCUUUAUAUUUCUUCAUCGAGGAACUAUAACUUUUUUUUCGGGUAUGAUUCCGACAUUCUUACAUAGCCUUUGCUACUUAUCUUUAUACA